GAAGGAAAAUAAAAUUAUCAAAAAAUUAAAAAAAAUAUUGAUGUUUUUUGCUCAGCAAAGUUCUAUAAAAGAAGCCGGCGGUUGGAAAUUUUGAAACAUAGUUCUAUUGACAGUGAUGAGAGGCGUAACGGUAUUUGGAUUAUUAGCGAUUGGAGUGGCCCUGACCAAUGCUUAUGGCAUUGGAUUAAGUGGCAACCUUGGAGGCCUGGGCGGAGGUUUAAAUAUUGGCGGUGAUAAUGGUGGAUUCCUGGGAUCUGGUAUCUCUGCGGGUCUUGGAGGUAAAAAGAAGGGAGGUUAUGGCGGUUCGGCCGGUAUUGGUGGCAAUCUUGGCGAAUUUGGCGGAAGUUUUGGAGCUUCUCAUGGUCAAGCAAGUGGAGCUUAUGGUGGCUCCAAGGGUUCAGCUGGCAUUGGUGGCUCUUUGGGUGGAUUAAGUGGCAAUAUUGGAGCUUCUCACAGUGGAGCCACAAGCCAAAGUUAUGGUGGCUCCAAGGGAUCAGCGGGCAUUGGUGGUUCUUUGGGUGGAUUAAGUGGCACUAUUGGAGCCUCUCACAGUGGAGCCACAAGCCAAAGUUAUGGUGGCUCCAAGGGAUCAGCUGGCAUUGGUGCUAAUCUAGGUGGAUUAAGUGGAAGUAUAGGUUCCUCCCACAGUGACUCUAAAGGAUCUGCCAACAUUGGUGCUAAUCUUGGCGGAUUAAGUGGAAGUAUUGGUACCUCCCACAGUGACUCUAAAGGAUCUGCCAACAUUGGGGCUACACUUGGCGGAUUAAGUGGAAGUAUAGGUUCCUCCCACAGUGACUCUAAAGGAUCUGCCAACAUUGGUGCUACUCUUGGCGGAUUAAGUGAAAGUAUUGGUUCGUCUCACAAUGGACAAGCCAGUGGAGCUUAUAGCGGCUCAAAGGGCUCAGCCGGAAUUGGUGGUUCUUUGGGUGGAUUAAGUGGAAAUAUUGGAGCCUCUCACAGCGGCGCAACGAGUCAAAGUUAUGGUGGCUCAAAGGGUUCAGCUGGCAUUGGUGCCAAUCUUGGUGGAUUAAGUGGAAGUAUUGGUACCUCCCACAGUGACUCUAAAGGAUCUGCCAGUAUUGGUGGUAAUCUUGGUGGAUUAAGUGGAAGUAUUGGUUCGUCUCACAAUGGACAAGCCAGUGGAGCUUAUAGCGGCUCAAAGGGUUCAGCUGGCAUUGGUGGUUCCUUGGGUGGAUUAAGUGGUAAUAUUGGAGCCUCUCACAGCGGAGCCACAAUCCAAGAUGGUGGCCACAAAGCUGGUUAUGGUGGAUCUGGCGCCAUUGGAGCUUCUUCGUCUGCCACGGCUGAUGCUUCUGCUUCUGGAAACAUUGGAGCAGGUAUAAGUGACAUCCAUAAAGGAGUUCCCUCGGGUAUUAGUGGUGCAUCUGGCAUUAGUGGAUCUGGUGUUGGUGGCGAAAAUGUAGUUGGUUUAUCUAGUUCUACCAGCUCGUCUACUGCUUCUGCUAGCGCCAGUGCAACUGGUGUCUCUAGCACCCUUGGUUCUGGGCAUUCAGAAACAUACAACAAAGGUGGUGCUUCCGGAGGUAUAGGAGCAGGUAUUGGUGUUGGUCACAAAGGUGGUUAUGGUUCCGCCAACAAGGGUGGUGUUUCCGGAAGCUUUGGAGCUGGAAUUAAUGGUGGUCUUAAAGAUGCUGAAUUGGGUGCCAUUGGAAGCAGUUCUACUUCUACCUCAAGUUCCUCUGUAACCACAAGUACUUCAGGUGUCUCUUCAUCUGCUAACAAAGGAGGCUACUCUGGUGGAAUUGGUGCAGCCCAUACCGGAGCCUACAACAAGGGUAGUGCAUCUGGAAGCGUUGGCAUAAGUGGUAACAGAGGUAGCUAUGGUUCAGCUAAUAAGGGUGGUGUUUCAGGGAGCAUUGGAGCAGGAAUUGGUGGCGGACAUAAAGGUGGUUUAGCUGGCAACAUUGGUGGCAGUUCUACCUCAACUUCCUCUGCUAGCGCUACUGUGUCUGGUAGUUUGAACACGGGAGCCUACAACAAAGUUGGUGCUUCCGGAAACAUAGGAGCCGGUAUUGGUGCUGGUAAUAAAGGAAGCUAUGGCUCGGCUAACAAGGGUGGUGUUUCUGGCAAUUUUGGAGCUGACAUUGGUGGCAGUUCCACCUCAACUUCUUCCGCCAGCACUACUGUGUCAGACAGCUCUCAGACAGGAGCCUACAACAAAGGUGGUGCUUCUGGAAGCAUCGGUGGCAGUAUUGGUGGGGGCCAUAAAGAAAGCUAUGGUUCAGCCAACAAGGGCGGUGUUUCUGGCAAUUUUGGUGCUGGCAUUGGUAGCGGACAUAAAGGUGGUGUGGCUGGUAGCAUUGGAGGCAGUUCCACCUCAACUUCUUCCGCCAGCGCUACUGUGUCUGGUAGUUCUCACACAGGAGCCUACAACAAAGGUGGUGUUUCCGGAAACAUUGGAGCCGGAAUCGGCGGUGGUAAUAAAGGUAACUAUGGUUCAUUCAACAAAGGUGGAACUUCUGGCAGCACUGGAGCAGGAAUUGGUGGCGGACAUAAAGUUGGUGUAACUGGCAGCAUUGGAGGCAGUUCUACCUCAACUUCCUCUGCCAGCACUAUUUCGUCUGGUACCACCCAUUCAGGAGCCUACAACAAAGGUAGCACUUCCGGCGGCAUUGGUGCUGGUAUCGGUGGCGGACACAAGGUAACAUAUGGUGGAUCUAAUAAGGGUAGUGCUUCCUGGAAUUUUGGUGGUGCCAACAAAGGUGGCGCCGCUGGCAAUAAAGGAAAUUACGGUGGCGCCUCUGGCAGUUUUGGAGCAGGUGGUAAUAAAGGUAGCUAUGGAAACAAGGCUACAACUACAACAAGUACCACAACUAGCACAUCUACAGUUUCUGGAUCUGGCAGUGGCUCAGCCCAGGGUUCCGCUGGAUUUUCCUCAACAUCAUCUUCGUCCUCUUCCUCUUCGACCGUUGUUAAGGUAACCUCCUCCUCCACUGCCCAAAGCAGUGCCACCAGCCAUGGAUCCACCACAAGUUUUGGUAGUGGAUCUCACACUACCGGAUCUGCCAGUAGUACUUCAUCGGCUAAUGGUGUUGCCUCAGGUACUAGCUCGGGUUCAGCUUAUGGUAGCACAUCGGGCGCAGCUCAUGGUUCGGGUGCCACCUAUGCCCAGGUUGCUGCCUCCGCUGUGACCGCCUCAAAUCAGGCCAAUGCUCAUGGUUCAUCACUCUCAAAGGGAUCUGGAUCAGCUGGUGGUGCUGGCUACGCCUCUGGUUCUGCUUCGGCUCAUGGUUCAGCAAGUUCCAGCGGCAUUGCUCAUGCUACCGCAUCUGGUACCUCUAAUGCAAGUGGAGCUGCCUCUGCUCAGGCAUUAGGCUCUGGCUCCACUACUGGAUCCUCCUCUGCUCAAGGUUCAGUUACCGCCACUGGCACUUCUACAGUUUCUGGAACUGGAUCCUCAACAGCCAGUGGAAAUGCUCAUGGCUCAUUAACAAGUCAAGGUACGGCAACAAGUACUUCCCAAGCAACUGCUACUACAAGUGGUAGCUCGUAUGGCACUGCAUCCGGAUUAGCUUCUGGGGUAGGAUCUUCUAGUGGUCAUGGUAUUGGGUCUGCCUCUGCCCAUGGAUCAGCAUCUGUCAGCGGAACAGCUCACGGAUCCGCAACGGGAUCAGCAUCACUCAAAGGAACUAGCGCCGCAAGUGGAUCCGCAACAGCUUCUGGCGUUGGAUCUGGAAGUGCAAGUGGAAGUGCUCAUGGAUCAUCAAUAGCCAAUGGAACUGGAUCUGCUUCUACUGCAAGUGGAUCCGCAACCGCUGCUGGUGUAGGAUCUGGAAGUGGAAUUGCUCAUGGCUCUGCUACUGGAUCGGUUUCCACUCAAGGAACAAGUACUGCAAGUGGCAACGCUUCUGGAACAAGCCAUGGUGCAGCUGGAUCCUCAGCUGCAGCAUCUGCCACAGCUACUGGCGUAGGUUCCGCCGCUGGCCUCAGUAGUGGAUCAGCUACAUCCGCUGCCGCCAAUGCAGUUGCUUCUGCCGUCGCAAAUUCCCAGGCUGUUGCUUCGAGUGUUUCAUCUGCUUUAGCUUCCGCUGCAAGUCAAGCUACCGUAUCUUCCAAAGGACAAAGUUCGGCUGGACUAAAUGCAGCUCACAAAGGUGGUUAUGGUGGUUCAGUUGGAAUUGGUGGCUCCCAUGGUGGAUUGAGUGCUGGCGUUAGUGGUGGCCACAAAGAGGCGCAUGUUGGUGGAAUUUCUGGAUCGAUUGGUGCCAGUGGCAACUCUGGCGCUAAGGGACAAUCUCAUGGCAGUUUAUCUGCUGGUUUGGAUGCCACACACAAAGGCGGUUACAGCGGUAGCUCUAGUCAUGGUGGCAGUGCUUCGGAUCGUAUGGCUCCAAGGGAACUCACAAUGCAGGAAUUGGAGCUAGCAUUGGUGGCUCGCAUGAUGGUGGUUAUAGUGGAUCCAGUCAUGGUGGCAGUGCCUCUCUUGGUCUAGGAGGACUGUCGGGCUCCAUUGGUGCCAGUGGCAACUCCGGAUCGUAUGGCUCCAAGGGAACUCACAAUGGAGGUAUUGGAGCGAGCA